AUGGACCGCAAAAUUAGCCAUCCCGCCGACAAAAGGGGCUACAGCGUCCAGAAUCAGUACACGUCGCAGUUUCCUCAGUACCAGGUCGGGCAAAACCAACCCCAGCCACAGCAAGUCAACUACGCUUACAGCCCGUUCCAGUACCAGCAAUCGCCGCAGAACUACUUUCCCCCGCAACCGCCGCUCAUUAUGGCCCCGCAGCCUCCUCCGCCCAAGCCAAUCACCGUCCAAACACAUGGAAUUUCGCCGCUGGCCUACAAGUUGUCGCAGCAACUUCCGACGCCGCCUUUCGACAAGCUCGAGCCGUCGCCCGACUCCUUACGUCAGCAGCCGAUGCGACGAACAAAGCGCAAGUCCAAAUUCACCAAGGAACAGGACCAGAUGAUCAUCGACCUAAAGAAAGCGGGAAAAUCGUGGGUUGAAAUUGCCGAGCUCGCAAACGUAGGCACUUUUUUGGCCGCACGCAACAGAUACCAGGUGCUGAUAGGACAGCAGGGCGGCGGCAGCAACGACUGCGGGCCCGAGGACGUGAUGGAGCUGCGGAACGUGGUGGACCAAGGCGAGCUGGAGAAACUUCGGUAUCUGGUGCGCGAGUUUGAAAAAACCACGGGCAAGGCUGUCGACCAAAAACAGCUCCGCGAGCUGCUGCGGUAUUUGUUCUGGAAAAACCCUGGUUUCUUCGAUGUGGACGAGGCGUAUCUGGCAGAGCUUCUUCGGUUACAAUCGAGGUCUGCCUGA